AUGAGGAUCCUGGGCGGCGAAGACGGCCUCGUGGAAUUGUACGCUGUCUUCCAGGACUCUGGCUUCAAGUACUUGGUGAUGGAGCACUGCAAGGGGGGUGAUCUGUUCAAGACACUCAUGAUGAAGGGAGGCUCAUUGGAUGAGCACUGGGUCUGCACUGAGAUCAUUACUCCAUUGCUACGGGUGCUGACACGCAUGCACAAGGAUACCGUGAUCCACCGGGACAUCAAACCUGAGAACAUCUUCUUGACUGCCGCUCUGCGCUUCAAGCUGGGAGACUUGGGGCUGGCCAUAAAGACAGAUGAGGAGCUGCCCUUCACUCGCUCUGGCACACUGGACUACAUGGCUCCAGAGCUGAAGCUGAAGGGCAUCAGGCCGUACGAUGAGAAGGUGGACGUGUGGGCCACGGGCAUUCUGGCAUACGAGUGCGUCGUGGGGAAACCUCCAUUUGAAGUCAAUGACGAGGUGCAGACGGCGACGAUGAUAAUGUACAGCAACAAGAUCAACUUCCCCUCCAAGCACUCCACCCAGUGGCAGGACUUUGUGCGGCAGGCCCUGGAGAAGAAGCCCCACAUGAGGCCCACUGCAGCUGCCAUGCUGGAACACCCCUGGAUCAGGUGCCCACAUGCCUUUGCUUUAUCACUUUCCCCUCUCAAGGGAUCAAAUGGGAACUGUUAUUUGUCAGUAAUCUUUUUAAAUGACUCUCAGAGCAACCUCCUUUCUGGUUUGAGAAUCCCAGCCGGUCGCAUCAAAUAUUGUUGA